AUGAGCAAGCCAGUGACACUAUCACCCUCUAAGGUGGACGAGGGCUUCAUCCUCGCGCCGGCUGCGUUGGACAACCCAGCAACACACGAUCGAGUAUUCCAACGAAUCCUUCAAUGGCAUCUUCCUGGCGAUGUCAAGGACAAAAUUGCCCCGGGCUUGGAAUCCUUCGGCCGCGACGCGAUUUCCGUGGACACAAACGCCCUGAUCGGAAAUGCUGAAAGCCAGCAACCCUCCGUCAAGUCGUAUAAUGUAUGGGGCUUACGCUAUGAAGCAGAAGGUUUGGCGACAAGCCACGGCUGGAAGGAAUUGGGCAAAUGGGGAAUCAAGCAUGGUGUGGUCGGCCUGGGCUACGAGGAGGAGUUUGGCCCAUAUCGUCGGACAGUUCAGCAUGCAUUCAACUACCUGUUCUCGGCCUCGUCUGCGGCCUACUCCUGUCCGGUCUCGAUGACCUCCGGGGCUGCUCGUCUGGUACGAUUCCAGCUGCCCGGACUCCCCUCGGACCAUCCUUUCCAUGAACUCUACGCGCGUCUAAUCGCUCGAGAGAACAACUGGAUCUCGGCUCAGUGGAUGACGGAGCGGCCAGGGGGCAGUGAUGUCCGGAAUAGCGAAACCGUCGCUGCCUACGCUCCUCUGUCCUCUAAGACAGGCCGGUUCGGUAACAUGGAAGAAGGCGACUAUAUCCUAUCGGGUUUCAAGUUCUUCUGCAGUGCGACCGACUGCGACUCAGUCUUGCUUCUGGCAAAGACCGAGUCGGGAGAGCUCUCGCUCUUUGUAGCUCCGACGACCCGAACCAUCACCGAUGCACAUGGAAAGACAAUAAAGAUCUCAAACGGGAUACGCAUCCACCGACUGAAAAACAAGAUGGGCACAAAAGAGCUCCCGACGGCAGAGGUCGAACUUCGCGAUGUUCGGGCACAUUUGAUCGGCCACAAAGACCGCGGAAUCGCAACAAUCGCACUCUUACUGAAUGUGACUCGCACGCACAACUUCAUUACGGCACUUUCCUGCCUCCGCCGUGCCUUGGAUAUUGCAAAGGCAUUUGCGCGGUCCCGCACGACCAUUGACCAGCCUCUUUGGACUUUCCCAAUGCAUCUGAACGUUCUGUCCCAACUCGAGGUGAAGCACCGUGGCUGGAUGCAGCUGGCCUUUUUUACAUCUUCGCUCCUGGGUUAUGUAGACAAUGGAUUUCCGAGCGGAAUUCCCAACGUCUUUUCUGUUCUAGCGAAGAACGCCCCCGCGGCAACGGUCGUUUUGCGGGCCUUCACAUCCACCUCCAAGGCCGUCAUUUGCAAGUCGGCCACGCUAGCUUUCCAAGAAUGCCAGGAAGCGAUGGGUGGGGUCGGCUAUAUUGACGAGGCUGAAGAACCCGAGUUCAAUGUGAGCAGGUUGUGGCGCGAUACUGCCAGUAACAGCGUCUGGGAAGGCACCACCAACGUGCUGGCCAGUGAAACGGUACGCCACUUGACCAAGGGCAAAAAUCUUGUUCUUUUCGAUGAAUGGAUCGGCGAUGCCAUCGCUCAGGUCUCCGACCCUGCCUUCAAAACCACGUUGCGGAAUGUCUGGGGUCAGCUCAAGGGCAGAAUCGAACCGGGUCGUGACGAGCGAGCCCUCUCAGGAGUCCUCGGCGUCGGCCGUCAGAUAAUUUUUACGCUCUCCUGGCUCGUCAGCGGCAUCCUUCUUUCCCUCGAUGCUCAGCGAGAUAAUAAUGGAGUUGCUCGCGAGGUAGCUCGCAGAUGGGUGCUGGAAGGCCAAGGUGUACCUGGAGAGUUUGCAUUCACCGACCUCAUCUUCCAAAGACUGGCUGCCGCUCAGGACCAAAAACCCACGGCGCGCGAACGGACGGAGUGGGAUUGCCGCAUUGUCUGGGGUGUGGAUCUGCCACCCUCUCCGUCUUUGGGACAUCGAGCUGCCAAGAUUUGA